AUGGCAACCAAAACCCCCGUCCUCACCGACAAAGCCCCGAAGCCUCUCCCAGGCAUCUACUCGCAAGCCAUCAUCGCUAAUGGAGUCGCCUACUGCUCCGGGGCGGUCGCGAUGGAUCCCGAAACAGGGAAAUUGAUCGAUGGGGAUGUCAAGGCUCAUACGCAUCAAUGCAUCAAGAACCUCACGCAUGUCCUCGAGGCGGCCGGCACCACUAUCGACAAGGUGGUCAAGGUUAAUGUCUUUCUGUCGGAUAUGGAUAACUUUGCCGAUAUGAAUUCGGUGUAUAUGCAGUACUGGGGGGAUGUGAAGCCCUGUCGGACUUGUGUGGCUGUCAAAACGUUGCCGCUGAAUACGGAUGUAGAGAUUGAGUGUAUUGCUGUGCUGUGAUGAGCUGCGCUGCGGCAUUGAACCGGCGUGUCGGAUUCUUUUUAAAUUUCCAAGGUAUCAUUAUGAAUCUAUACAUAGUGGUAUUCAAGAAAGCAUGUGCAGGUCCAGUAGCAAUCUACCAUAUCGCACAGUGUCAGGAGCACUAAAGAUCUGCCACAACUGUAUGCGGGGUCUAAUAUGUCUCUGUACCUCACGUCGGACUAGAUGUAGAGGGCAUUAAACCUGCCGG